AUGGGUGACGUUAAGCAAGAACCCCCUAAAGAUGAACCCAGAGAUUGGAGCAUUUUCGAAGCACCUUUACCUGUCAAUAAUAAUCCGGCGAGAGGAGCAAAAGAGCUGGAAGUUCAGACAAAUCUCUUCCAAGUUAGCUUGGAAGAUAUGAAGAAGGUCUACAAAUACAGAAUCGAAAUGUUCAAAAGCACUGCAGAUGAUUCUGUUGAGAAAGAACUUACAACAGGAAUUCGCACUGAUUUCGCUCUGCAAAAUAGAAGAAGAGUUAACACGAGCUUGUUCUUGGAUCUCAUAAGUUUUUCGCAAAAGCAAGGAACUCCACUUACCACGGAUAAAUACCACAUCGUCUAUGAUUGUGGAAACAUUUUCUAUACGCUCGAUCCUUAUUGUGGUCCCAUGACCUAUGAGUUGACGUUGGCGGACAUUAGCAGUUCGAACACUAAGUCUCAUUUGGGAAAUAGGUUCACAAAGGUCAAAGUUAAUAUCCAAGCUAUUGGCGAGAUUCAUCCGAAAAACACUAACCUUGAUAACCGCGAGAUUGUUCAGUUCAUUGAACUGUUAACUAGUGCACUGGUUAAUAGACAACAAGAACACUUUGUUUUCAAAAACAGAACUUACUGCAAAAGUUCUCGUAAGGAUACCGAUAUCAAAGAAGGAAAAGUUGUCAAGUCAGGAAACCAGAAGAAUUGUCGUGUAGUUGAUCAAAAUGGCUCUUCGAUGAUGCUUCAGAUUGAUGCUAAAAAAUCUCCAUUUUUCGAGAGUAUCAGCUUGGUUGAGUUCGCUAGGAGGUUCUUGAAUCUUCAAAGAUGUGAAGACCUGCUUAGAGCUAGAAUUAAUGUCAAACAGCUAAACACUCAACUUAAAGAUCUCUGGGUCAAAACUAACUCUAAAGAUAUGAAAUCCCAAACUUUUAGCAUUACUAAGAUUGAUGGUAAAUUGAACUCGGACAAUUACUUUGUAACGUAUGAUGGCCAAGAAGUCUCUGUUUCUGAAUAUUUUGAGCGAAAAUAUAAAAUGCAAUUGAAAUACAAAAACUUGCCAUUAGUUGUCCAAAAGAAGGGUGCCAAGAGCCUUCACUUCCCAAUGGAAAUAUUAGAUAUUGAAAGAGGUCAAAGGGUCGCCACGGCUAAGUCCACUCCAACAAUGGUGGAAAGAAUGAUUAAAGAGUGUCAACUCAAGCCAUGCAACUUGAUGGACAAUAUCCAUGAGCAAAUGAAAGUUUUGUCUCUAACUCCUGAUAGCGGUAAUAAGUAUCUGCAAGCCUUCGGAGUUCGCAUCGGUUCUAGACCUGAAGUUGUUCCCGCUAAAGUUUUAUAUCCACCUACAAUCGUCUAUAAGAAUAAAUUGGUUGAGCCGAACAGAGAUGGAGGAAUGAACUGGCGAUUGGCUACAGAUAGUUUCUAUUCUUCUGUUGAAAUGAAGGAACCAUGGCUUAUCAUUGUUUUCGAUAGAUGCGCUACGGACGAUGAAGCCACGAGGUUUGCUCGAGAACUCACUGAUAGAGCUAACAAGAUGAAUAUGAGGAUAAGCGCUAAUCAACUUACCGUUAUUGGUUUGCCCUCGGAACGAGAUGAUCUGAUCGAUCAAACUUUCCAAGAAGCGAAGCAGAAGAAAGUUCGCUUCAUUGGUGCAAUCACUAGCCAUAAGUUGGAUCCAGUGCAUAAUACAUUGAAGUUCCUGGAAGCCAAAUAUAGUAUCGUAACCCAACAUGUAUCAAAACAGACCAUGACGAAAGCAAUAGGCCAACAAGGAAGCUUCAUGGUUCUGGGUAACUUGGUAUCUAAAACCAAUCCGAAAUUGGGAGGUGUUAAUCAUGUGUUCGAGUUGGCUAAGCCUUACAAGCAAAGCAACCCUUCUGAUACCUCAUCAAAUGAGAGACUGCUCUCCAAGAAUCGUAUGUUCAUUGGCCUUGAUGUUGGUCAUGCAGGCGCUCAAGCUUCUGCUGAUAGACAGUUAGGUAUGCCUUCAAGUGAGCCAACUGUCGUCGGGAUGUCUUACAGCGUGAAGGUUCCAACUGAAAUGAGAGGAAUGUUCUGGUUCCAAGAAUCCAGAUUAGCAACAGUUUCACGUCUUGCAAAAUAUGGAUUCGAUGCACUUCAAGAUUACUGUAAGAGUACUAAAAACUACCCAGAGGAAAUUAUAAUUUUCCGUAGUGGAGCCAGUGAAGGCGAGUAUGGAAAAGUUGAACAGGAAGUCAAAGAGUUCUCUCAAUGUUUUGCUGAAAUCAGUAAAGUUCAAGGAAGGAAUUACAAUCCUUCUGUGACUACUGUUGUUUGUCAGACAUCGAGCAAUUAUAGAAUGAUUCCCACUAGAAUCAAUCCUGGUGCUAAACCUUGUGAUCAAAAUGUGCCACCUGGUACUGUAGUUGAUUGCGAUAUUGUUAACCCUAACUUAGAUGAAUUCAUUCUGAUUCCACAAAAGGCAAUCCAGGGUACUGCUCGUGUUAUCAAGUGCACUGUUGUCUACAGAAAGAAAGGAAACACUGGCACCAUUCUCUCAUGCAGCGAUCUCCAAAACCUCACUAACAUUCUCUCUUAUGGCCAUCAAACUGUUACGGGCAGUACUGGAGUUCCUUGCCAUGUUUAUGCUGCUGCUAACCUUGCGAAGAGAGGUAGAAACAAUUGGAAGGCGGCUAACUAUAAUGAUUGUGAUCUCGCUUCUGAAGUAUCUGGAGGUUCCGGAGGAAAACUUCAGCACGAUGGAUCUCCUGAUUAUUUUGAGAAAUUGACUGAGCAGUUGGCUUCUGAACUUAAAACCCACUUUUGGGCUUGA